GCACUUAACGGAAAAAGUUAUUGAAUGGACAUAUUAUGAAGUAGUUAUCACAAAUGCACUCGCGAUAAUCUAAUCAGUGUUUGCUAGUACUUCUGACAAAGAUAAACCAUUGCCCAACGAUGUUAAAGAAGGAUUAUACACGAAACAUUUGUGAAUUAAAGGGGAAAGAAUCAAGUUGUGUCAUUUCGGAAUCUACAUUGUUAAAUAUAGAAGGAAAAGGUGAAAACUAUUCUUGAUUUCAAUAAACGUGUUGAUAAAGUGCAGGAAAUGUAUGCUGCUCUACAUGAAACUGACUGCAAAAAAUAUUUAGAUUUUCUUUCUGUUCGGCUGAAACAUGGUACUUUAAAAGAAACUCCAACACAGUCUAUACUCCAAAAUGAGGAAAAAGCUUUUGUUCAGCAGAUUGAGCACGCGAGUGUGUCAAAUAUGCCUGAAAUUCAUUUAAGAGAAGACAGACCACACGAAAGCAACCAAGUCGAUGAAGUAACAUGCGUGUUUGAAGAUGAGGGAGCUAAAGAUGAAGAUCCUUUUGUCAGCGAUAUUGACGCUGAUUCCACGGAGAGCACUAUUAUAAGUAAACGCAAACGAUCAUAUAAAAAUGUUUGCAUUUACGAAACGAAGGAGUCACAUGAACACAAAUACUGUUGUAGCAACUGCUCAUUGUGUUUUCAACGACUUGGGAAUUGUCGUAUACAUAUGAAGAAAAGACAUGGAGUGAUACUGGAACCCAUAACAUGUCCCCAGUGUCCCAAGACCUUCAAAAAUAAGUACGAUCUGAAUCGUCACAUAGUCAAACAUAGACCACUCUCGGAAACGCGAAUAUUUCCUUGUCCACAGUGUGAUCGAAAAUUCCAAACAAAAGCGUAUGUUGCAAAGCAUAUAAAGUUUGUUCAUGAGGAUAUUCGUCCGUUUAUUUGUGAAGAAUGCGGCGAAGCUACACGCACAGAAGCUACAUUACGGGAACAUAUGCUUACACAUACCGAUCUUGCACCUUUUGAAUGCGAAAUAUGUAAGAAAGGUUUUAAAAACCCGGCCCGCCUAAAGAAUCAUAUGGAUAUACACAAUUCUAAUAAACACAUUUGCAGCGAAUGUGGAUUAAAAUUGAACUCGCGAGUAACAUUAAAUCAACACAUGCUAGUACAUUCCGAUACGAUGCGUCAUAAAUGUGAUUAUUGCGGUCGAGCUUUUAAGCGAGCUAAAACGCUGAAAAAUCAUUUAAUACUCCAUAGUGGUUUAAAGCCAUAUUCAUGCCAGUUCUGUGAAAGGACUUUUACUAACGGCUCCAAUUGCCGUACGCACAUGAAAAGGGCACAUCCAAGUGAAUUAGCAGAGUUGGAGGCUUCGGGAAAAAGAACGUGCACGAAAAAUAUUCCGAAAUUGGCUGCAUUAAAAUCCGUAAUUCGGGUUCCGGAUCAUCUUAUAUCAAAAUGAUGACCGCGCUUCUCGCAAGCAAUCUAUGUAACAAAAAACGGUUUAUACUUCAAUAACAUAUAACAUAUGUACUUAGGUUCCAUUUCACUGGAGAUGGAAAAACCGUGGCGUUUGCGUGGAUAUAAACUCCAACAAAGCACCAGUGUUUUACUUUGAAUAAAGAAGAAAAAAUAAAGG